ACCACCAUCACGCUCACUAACAAUUGCGUGUACGAAGUCGACCCCGCGUUCUACCCCGCCGCGACCGCCUCCGACGGCUCGUCUACCGGUGGCUUCCCGCUCCAUGCAAGCUUUUCCGCCGACGUAACGCUCGACCCGACCUACUCCGGGCGCAUCUGGGGCCGCACGGGGUGCGACGCCGACGGCAACUGCUCGACGGGCGAGUGCCCCGGCGGGGAGAGCUGCACGGGCCCUGCGGCUGCGGGCCCGACGCUCGCCCAAUUCACGCUUGACGGGUACGCUGGCCUGGACUAUUUCGACCCGAGCACGACGGACGGGUUCAACGUCGCCGUGACGAUCACUCCCGGUCCCGGAUGCUCGACGGGCCCGCAGUCCUGCACGGCUGCAGGCGAGGGCACCGGGUGUGGCGACACCUCGACGUGCCUCACCGGCACGAACUACACUAUCUCGUUCUGUUGA